AUGGAAGAAGCCCCUCAGACAGAGAGGAAGAAGUUCUCUUUCACCAUCAAGGACAUCUUGGAAGGCAGGGAGGAAAGAGGGGAUGCUGGUGGGAUGUCUCUGUCCGUGGUUCACAGGGAGCCAUUAAAAGAGGAGAUGACCUUUGACGUGAUUCCAGCUGUGAACCCCGCAGAUGCUCUGGACCAGGCCUGUCCCUGCUGCUGCUACUGCACACGUUGUGGGAACGCACUCAAGCCUGAUCUCCGACCCCUGGCCGCUUGCCAGUAUUUGUGGUGCAGAGGGAUGUUCCCAGACUCACCCGGGGCAGAGGACUCUCACUGCAGCCAAGGGGAGGAAUUCCUCUUCAAUCAGAUCCAGAGGCGCACACGGCGUCACCGCACCAUCUUCACUGAGGAGCAGCUGCAUGCGCUAGAGGAGCUCUUUCUCCAGAACCAAUAUCCCGAUGUUACGGCGCGGGAGCAGCUGGCGCUCCGCACCCAUCUACGCGAGGAGAGAGUGGAGGUAAACAGCGUCAUUACAUGA